UAACAUUAAUCUUCUUUAUUCUAUAUGUGUGGUGAAUAUGCAACAUUUAUUUAAUUUAAUCUUAUUAAUUGAACAAAGUGGGGUACCACGCCUUCUUCCAAUGUAAUUUGAGAAAUCAACGAAGUGUCUAUGCUUUCCUAGCACUGGUUGAUACAAAUUAAUUUUAUUUUUUACUAAGCUUUAAAUGAAAGGAAUUUAAACCUGAAUGAAGAAUGCAAGCCAAGACCAACACAACGUAUAUAGCGAACCUUUUGCAGACCUGCAUUGACAACAAAUCCCACACCGCCGGCAAACUUCUCCAUGGCCAUGUCGUCCGGCUUGGCCUCUCUUCCGAUACUUUUCUGGCAAACCGCAUCACCGAGUGCUACUCGAAGUGUGGUCUCACCCAGUCGGCCCGCAACGUUUUUGAUCAAAUGCCCCAUCCUAACAUAUAUUCCUAUCAUGCUAUGUUGGGGGCUCACUGCAAGGCGGGCCAGUUAGAUCAUGCCACCCAGUUGUUUGACAAAAUGCCUGAGCGGAAUAGUGUCUCAUGGAACACUAUGAUCAGUGCUUUAGCCCGAAAUGGGUAUGAAAGAAAGGCAUUGGAGGUUUACUGUAUGAUGAUCUCUGACUGUUUCGAGCCGACCCAUAUCACCUUUGCGAGCGUUUUGAGUGCUUGUGGUGGACUGAGGGGUGUGGAGUUCGGGAGGGGAUGCCACGGGUUGGCUGUAAAGUGUGGGUUCGACAAGAAUGUGUAUGUCGGAAAUGCAUUGUUAAGUAUGUAUGUGAAAUGCGGCUGUGGUGGGGAUGCAAUCAAGAUCUUUGAGGAUUUGCCGGAACACAAUGAGGUUUCCUUCACGGCCAUGAUAUCAGGUUUGGUUGACAUUGAUCAGGUGCAAGAGGCUUUUGACAUGUUUAAGUUUAUGCACCGGAGUGGAUUCAUGAUUGAUUCCAUUUUGUUGUCAAGCUUUCUCAAAGUUUGUGCUAAAAGUGAUAUCCCUAACUUUAUGCUUGAUGACCAAAUCAGCGCUUGGGAAACUAGUAAUGUGCAGGGAAAACAAGUCCACAGCCUUGCCAUUAAACUUGGAUUUGAAAAUGAUCUUCGGCUGUGUAACUCAUUACUUGACGUGUACGCCAAGAACAAAGAUAUGGCAAGUGCUGAAGUGAUCUUUCAGGGCCUGGCCGAAGUUAGUAUUGUUUCUUGGAAUAUCAUGAUAGGCGGAUUUGGACAGAACUAUGAAAUAAAAAAAGCUAUGGAUUACAUGGAAAACAUGCAUAGUUGUGGUUUUGAACCUGAUGAGGUUACUUACAUUAAUAUGCUAGCAGGUUGUGUCAAAUCUGGGGAUGUUCAAGCUGGCCGUUUGCUAUUUGAUAGGAUGACAUGCCCAAGUUUAAGCUCAUUUAAUGCCAUCCUAUCAGGCUACUCACAGAGUGGGGAUCAAAAUGAAGCAAUAAACCUUUUCAGGAAAAUGCAGUUUCAAAAUGUGCGGCCAGAUCGGACCACUUUGGCUAUCAUGCUCACUUCAUGUGCAGAAAUAUCACUUUUGGAAUAUGGGAGACAGCUCCAUGCUUCUUCAUUCAGAAAUGAUACCCAAGGUGACAUAUACGUUGCUAGCAGUCUUAUUGGCAUGUACUCAAAAUGCAGUUGCAUAAAGAUGGCAACUUUUGUAUUUGAUAGAUUGUCUCAGUUAGAUAUAGUUUGUUGCAAUUCCAUGAUUUCGGGUUUUAACCUCAAUUCAUUGGACAAAGAAGCUGUUUCCUUUUUUAAGCAAAUGGUGAACAUUGGAGUACCUCCUAGCGAAUUCACUUAUGCAUCUAUAUUGAGCAGUUGUGCGAAAUUGUCUUCUCUAUCACUUGGGAAGCAACUUCAUGCCAUGAUAGGUAAAGAUGGAUAUGCAACUGAUGUUGUAGUAGGGAGUGCCCUAAUCAAUAUGUAUUCUAAAUGCGGCGAUAUAGAUGGGGCCCGUCUCUAUUUUGACAUGAUGCCUUGUAAGAACACUAUUACUUGGAAUGAGAUGAUACAUGGGUAUGCACAGAAUGGGCAAGGAGAACAAGCUUUUAUCUUAUAUGAAUACAUGAUCCAAACAGGGAAUAAGCCAGAUGGUGUAACAUUCAUUGCUGUUUUAACUGCUUGUAGUCAUUCAGGAUUAGUAGAUAAGGGGAUUAGCAUUUUCCACUCGAUUCAGAAAGAAUAUGGAGUGGAGCUCCUUGUUGAUCAUUACACUUGUAUUAUUGAUUGUAUGGGUCGAGCAGGCCGGUUUAAUGAAGUGGACGAGAUUCUAUAUAAGAUGCCAUUCAAAGAUGACCCUAUUGUGUGGGAGGUAUUGCUUAGUACAUGUAGGGUUCAUUCAAAUGUCAGUUUAGCAAGAAGAGCAGCAAACGAGCUUUUGCGGCUGGAUCCAGAGAAUUCUGCCCCUUAUGUUCUUCUAGCCAAUAUGUAUUCAUCUUUGGGAAGAUGGGAUGAAUCAAAGGUGGUUAGAGAAAGGAUGGUCGAAGAGAAUAUAGUUAAGGAUUCCGGUUUUAGUUGGGUGGAGAAACAGAGUGGAUUUGAAGAGAAUGAAGUCUCUACUGUGGCUUCCUGAAAAUGAUGAAAUAGGACAAUCGAGGUCUAUAUUGUUCUUCCUGAUAAUGAUGAAAUAGGACCAUGUAGGUGUCACAUUUGAAGAAAAUUGUAUUCCAACACCCUAGCUACUGGUGGAAAGGGAAAUUCCAUAAGCUCAAAUGAUUCUGGCUGGUCUGUACUCUUCUGCCUCUCAGUGCUAUAUUGCCCUCAAGUUACAUUUUGCGUGCUAGCAUGGGGCCAUAAAAUAAUCAGUCUCCAUCCAUGGCGGUUUUAGUUGUGAUGCUCAUAAAUCAUAAACUUCAUCCGGAUUAUGCCAUCUUUGAGCUCUGGUUUGACAAUUGCCAUUGUCAUGCUACUGCUGCUCUUGACUAGGUAUGCACAUGGCGAUGGUCCUGGUUCCCGACCAGUUUUUAAACCAAAUGCCGAACUGACAGGCCGGUCUUGAACCGGAGCCUAUACUGGUGGUCAGGUAUUUGUAGUCUAGUAUAGUAGUCAACGAAAUAGGGUAGGAAUCAACCAGGAAUUGGAUGUGAAACCCUUGGUUUUACCCAGCCCGAAAACAAGACUGGCAUUACAUGUUACAAUUCUAAUCAAUAGGCUAUCUUCCCAGAUUCCCAGGGAACUAGACCGUGCUUCGAAAUUUCUGAAUGAUUUAUUUAAGUUUGAUUAGGCCUAUGGGUCUUAUUCAUAUUUGAUGAAGUAUCAAUAGUAUCAUUCGUAUGAUAUGACUUUGUGAAAUCUGAUCUAGUGAGUCUUCAACGAUUCUUGUUGUACCUCUGUGAAGGUUUUUUUCUUUCAUAGACAAAACAUAUUUUUUUGGAUACAAAUUGGAUACAAACAUAUCUUUCAAAAAUGUUUGUUUUGUUUGUGACAGGAAAAAAGCAUAAGG